CGUAGGUGGUCAGUUCAAUAGGUGGAGCUAUGGGUGUGGCUAAAUAUGGCAGUUCCUGAUCCCUACAUUAUAUUAGGUAUUGAUAGAAGUGCAAAUGAGAGAGAAAUAAAGAUUAGAUACCAACAAUUAGUGAGAAAAUGUCACCCAGAUAAGCUCCACCCCGAUUCCACGCCUAUCCAAAGAGCAGAAGCCACAGAAGAAUUUCACAAAUUAAGCUCCGCCUACCAGCUACUAAUUAAUAAAGACUCAAGAUUAAAAUAUGACGUGGAACAAAAAAGCAAUGAAGUGACAGAAAAAAGUAUCAUUAACGAAACAAUAUCAUUAAACGAAAUGAUACUGAGUGGCGAGGGAGAGAGAAGAGAGUAUGUUUAUGAUUGUCGCUGUGGAGGCGUUUACACUAUUUCAGCAGGAGAACUGUUAAAAGAAGAACUAAUAGUUCCAUGUGACACUUGUUCUCUUAAUGUACAAGUAAUACAUAGUCAUUAGCAUUAAAAUUUCUAUUAUAUUUUUAAUAAUAUUUAAUUGUUAUUGGGAUUGUAUUAUAAGCAAAUUUAAUUGUUAAAAG